AGAUCAGUGCUAAUGUUUGUAUUGGAUUAGGCUAGAUUUGUGAUCAGGGUAGUUAUUCAAGGCGGAGUAAUGAGGCAACUCCCGGAAAUCUACAAAAGCCAUCUCACCACCUCAUCACCCGUAUUGUCAUAAAUACGAAUUUUAAUUACUUGUGUACAUUUCUGUGCAAGGUGCACUUGUCGUCGAAUGUUGAUUUGCCUUCGGUAUCUCUGUUUGCUUUAUAUAUUCAGUAUAUUCUCGGUUCCCUCUGAAGGAGAUGGCGCAGAAACCAUUGAGUGAUUUGGAAAGGAAAAAAUCUAUAUCGCUUCGCAAAAUUCCUUUGGUUGACAACGUUGUCGGCGUGAAAGAUAGCUUCAACAGACACUUGCAUUUCACACUGAUCAAAGAUAGGAUUGUUGCCACCAAUCGCGAUUAUUUUACAGCUCUUUGUCACACAGUUCGUGAUAACCUGACGGAAAAAUGGAUCAGAACUCAGCGAGACUACUAUGAGAAGGAUCCCAAGCGUGUGUACUAUUUGUCAAUGGAGUACUACAUGGGUCGUUCUCUGGGCAACACCAUGGUUAAUCUUGGUAUUGAGGGUGAAUGCGAUGAAGCAUUAUACCAGCUUGGCUUGGAUAUUGAAGAAUUGGAAGAUAAUGAAGUAGAUGCUGGUCUUGGAAACGGUGGCCUUGGUCGGCUUGCUGCAUGCUUUCUUGACUCUCUUGCUACACAGGGUUAUGCUGCGUAUGGAUAUGGAAUAAGAUAUGAAUAUGGUAUCUUCACACAGACUAUUAAUGACAAAGGAGAACAGGUCGAGAUACCAGAUCAUUGGCUUGAGCAUGGCAAUCAUUGGGAAAAAGAGAGACCUGAAUAUCUUCUCCCAGUCCAUUUUUAUGGUCGACUGGAGUCAGAUGACAAAGGCUAUCACUAUAAAUGGGUUGAUACUGAUACAGUGUUUGCAAUGCCCUAUGAUGUACCCAUACCUGGAUAUAUGAACAACACUGUUAAUACAAUGAGGCUGUGGACUGCCAAAGCAAAAAAAGGAUUUGAUCUCAACUAUUUCCAAGGUGGUGAUUACAUUGGCGCUGUUCUUGAUCGAAACAAUGCUGAAAAUAUCUCAAGAGUUUUGUAUCCAAAUGAUAAUUUUUUUGUUGGCAAAGAGCUUCGUCUUAAACAAGAGUAUUUCCUUGUAUCGGCUACACUUCAAGAUAUCGUUCGCCGUUAUAAAACGUCGCAGUAUGGCUCGCGGAAUCUUGUCAGGACCGACUUUACAAAUUUUCCUGAUAAAGUUGCCAUUCAGUUAAAUGACACGCAUCCUUCGUUGGCAAUUCCUGAGCUCAUGAGAGUAUUUAUGGAUGUUGAAGACCUAUCAUGGGAUGAGGCUUGGAAGAUCGUCACCAAGACGUUUGCUUAUACCAAUCACACUGUUCUUCCGGAGGCUUUGGAAAGAUGGUCAUGCAAUAUGUUAGAAAAGAUUCUACCUCGUCAUUUGGUUAUCAUUUACGAGAUCAAUUCAAGACAUCUAAAGAAUAUUGAACGCCUUUAUCCCGGGGACAUGGAUAGAAUCAGGAGGAUGUCAUUGGUUGAAGAAGGAUACGAUAAACGUAUCAACAUGGCACACUUGUGUAUUGUUGCCUGUUAUGCCGUAAAUGGUGUUGCCGCAAUACACUCGGAGAUCAUUAAAGAUAGCAUAUUUAAAGAUUUCUACGAAGUGUGGCCAAAGAAAUUUCAAAAUAAGACCAACGGUGUCACGCCAAGAAGAUGGCUGCUAGUCUGUAAUCCUAUUUUGUCGGAUCUUAUUUGUGACAAACUUGGUGAAGAUUGGAUAGUGGAUCUUUCUCAGUUACGACGUUUGGAACCUUUCAUAAAGGAGAGACGUUUCACUGAAGAUUUCAUUAAAGCAAAACAGCAAAAUAAAGACAAGUUAGCACGCUACAUAAAAAGUACGUAUGGCAUUGAUGUAAAUUCGUCGUCCAUGUUCGACUGCCAGUUCAAACGUAUUCAUGAAUACAAACGUCAACUGAUGAAUAUACUUUACGUCAUUGUCCUCUAUAACCGCAUCAAGGCCAAUCCCAAUGCAGAGUUUGUCCCGAGAACUGUUUUGAUUGGAGGAAAGGCUGCACCGGGAUACACUACCGCCAAGGAAAUAAUCAAGCUAAUCAACUGUGUUGCUAAAGUUGUGAACAACGAUCCGAUUAUUGGUGAUCGUCUGAAGAUUGUCUUUGUCGAAAAUUACAUCGUCUCACUGGCGCAAAAGAUAAUACCGGCAGCUGAUCUUUCACAACAGAUUUCUCUUGCUGGUACCGAAGCAUCUGGGACAGGGAAUAUGAAGUUCAUGUUGAAUGGCGCAUUGACCAUUGGAACGUUGGACGGAGCUAAUGUUGAAAUGUGCGAAGAAGUUGGAGAAGAAAACAUGUUUAUUUUUGGAAUGAAAGUCGAAGAUGUUGAUAAACUAGGAAAAAUUGGGUAUAAUCCAAGAGAUUAUUAUGAACGGAUUCCGGAAGUGAAAAAAGCCAUUGAUCAGAUUUUGAAAGGAUAUUUCACGCCACAAGAAAAAGAUGCUUUCGACCAUCUUAUUGUAAAACAUUUGUUAGACAACGACAGGUUUUAUGUCUUAGCUGAUUUUGAAGCUUACGUGGAAGCGCAAGAGAAAGCAAGCGAGUUAUUUAAGAAUCCGACAAUUUGGUACAAGAAAGCAAUCCUAAAUGUGGCAGCUGCUGGCAAAUUCUCUAGUGAUCGCACUAUCCGACAAUAUGCAGAUGAAAUAUGGAAUGUUAAACCGACCCGGAAGAUUUGGUCUCCUACAAAAACCAUACAGAAAUAAUCGUGUGGAAGUGAUUAGUUUAGGCCAAAGAUACUCUACAUAAAUGAAAGAAAAUAAUUUGUCUUUUUAGCAUCGGCUAAGUAGUCUAAAGCUUCGUGGUAAUUCUUCAAACUGCAAACAUAUAGUUUACUUUAACUUUGAUUUAAUAGAAUGGACUUUCCGUGUGUUAUGCCGAUGUAAAAUGAUGAAAAUUAUAAACAAUAUAAUGUUAUUAUUACUCUA